AUGGGUGGCCCUGCCGGUAUAGCUCGCGGAGUCGACAAGAGACGUGAGCCCCCCACCACGGCAAGGUUUAUUUUAUUGUUAAUUAUGAAACCGAAAACUAUAACUGAGAGUGAUAUUUUAUCAUUUUUGUCUGACGAGUCGGAAAUUGACGGAUUUAGUGACGAUUCCGAUGCUGACAAAACGUGGCAACCUCCAGUUAUUAACAAAAAUACUGCAUAUGAUGAAGAUGACGACGAAGAAGAAGAUAAUGUAUUUGAACAGGUUAUUCCUUUUAAUGGUAUUCAAUUACCAGAUCAGCAAUACGGCCCACAUGCUUUUAAAGUAAUCGAAUCGGCGUCUAGUUAUAUUAAAAAAUAUCUUCCAGACUCGCAUUUUGAUAAAGCCGCUUUAUUUACGAAUAUGUAUGCAAUGUCGAAACUAGGAAAAGAACUUAAAACCUGUGCGAAUGAAAUAAAAGUUCUUUACGGAGCUCAUGCCAUGAUCGGUAUAAUAAAGUAUCCUCGUAUUCACAUGUACUGGCAAAGAGGACGUAUUCCAUAUAGACAAUAUGUCAGAAAUAAACCAAUUGGUCUAGAAAACUUCGUGAUCACAACUUCAAAGGGUUUAGUACUUGAUUUUGAAAUUUACCAAGGAGAAAAUACACCAUUAGACAGAUCUCUUGGAUUAGGCCCAGCGGUGGUCUUAAGAUUAGCAAAAACUAUUCCAGAACACUCUGUAUUAUUUUUCGACAGAUAUUUCACUAUUGUUCCAUUACUAGAUCGUUUAAAUGCAAUUAAUAUAAAGGCGACAGGUACAAUUAUGAAUAAUCGUUUAAAAAAUAUACAUUUCAGUGAAGAUAAAAAGUUUAAGCAAGGGAAAUGGGAAGAACUUACGCGGUCUGAUGAUAAAAUAGUUGCAAUAAAAUGGAAAGAUAGUAAGUGUGUCACUGUUUUGUCAACAACCACAAGUGCGGAGCCACACAUAAUGGUAACACGUCGGAGUAAGUCUGAAAAAAAAUAUAUAGAAGUUCCUUUUCCAUCAGUAGUCAAGACUUAUAACCAAAAUAUGGGUGGAGUAGACGUGUGCGAUCAACAACUCGAGGCUUACCGCACGUGGAUAAAAACAAAAAAAAUGGACGCUAAAAGUUGCCCUACACUUUAUCGACUUAUCUAUUGUUAA